AACUAUAUUUUUGGACAAUCAAAACAUGAAAUAAAAUUCUAAAACAUAACUUAUCAGAAGCAGAACGAAGGACAGAUCAUUGUCGAUAAAAAAGAAGAACAACCCAUAUGUCAAUAUUUGCAAGGAUAGUUCUUCAAACUACACAAUACACAUUGAGUGGUGCCACUAGUAUACAACUGUACAGCACGCAGAGAGGAUCACUUUUCUAGCUCGCUUAAUUCAAAUAGGUGUUGGUUUGUAAAGCAGGUUUAACAUAAUAUGGGACAGAGUUUCGGGUCGUCGCCGUCGUCGGUACUGAGCUCGCUGUCCUCGUACCGCUCGCGGCCCUUCGCCGACAUCUCCUACAACCCCACCCCAGACGUUAACGAGGUCUACCCCGGCCUCUACGUCGGAGAUGCUAUAGCGGCGAAGGAUAAGGCGUUCUUGCGGCGCAUGGGCAUCAAUUACGUACUGAACACGGCGGAAGGCAAGCGCUACACGCAGGUGGACACAGACCACCUGUACUACCGCGACUGCCCCAGCAUUCACUACAAGGGCUUCCAAAUGAUGGAUCUUCCAUCUACCGAUAUAUCUAGAUACUUCCAUAUCGCUGCCAAUUUUAUCGACGAGGGACUCUCUAGAGGAGGUCGCGUGCUGGUGCACUGCUUCAUGGGCGUGUCUCGGUCGGCGACGUGCGCGCUGGCGUUCCUGAUGAUCAAGCGCGGCAUGUCCCUGGCAGAGGCCAUGGCCACGGUGCGCUCGCGCCGCGACAUCCACCCCAACGAGGGCUUCGUGCGCCAACUGCAGCAGCUCGACCGCGAGCUGCGCGAGUUCCGCGUCUCGCGCAUCCGCUGACCUCAAACCGCCCUCGGGCCUUCUCUCUUCAGUUUUUCCAUCGAAGUUCGACGGGCGAGCCGCGUGCGCAGCUUGGACCGAGCGUACCCGAGCCGCUACUAGGAACUGUCGGAAAUAACUCACGACGUAAACAUUCGUGUGGUUUGUUUCUGUCGUCGUGCUGACUUGUUCAUUGACGUAACCUUAUUUGUGUGACUUCCCACGGCUCGUGCACGCUCUUUAAGAUUCGAUGGUAAACUGAAGGAAACCUCAAACAACUUACAGCUAACACACUUGAACAAUAUGAAAGCCCAUUUUGGCUGACCUUAUAAUACUUAUAAUGAACUGAUAGUGAUGCAUUUAUCCAAUGAAUCUUAUAUAAUAAGAUUCAAAGUUUGGAUAAAUCUGUAAUAAAUAUUGUAUGGAACUAAUAAUAGUGGAGCACUCUGUUUGAUUUAUUAAGUCUGACAAGGAAUUAGGAAUCAAAGUUUGAAGCCAUAAUCAACAUAGAAUAUUUUUGAAGAUUAUAAUAAACAUAUUUUUACAGGAUAAUCUGGAUAUAUUCUCGUGUGCCAUUUUGUUUUUGUAUUGAUAGACAAAACUGCUGUUAUUUUUAUACACCAACUUGAUCUUAGAUCUAGAUAUAAGAAAGGUUACUAUGUCCAGUAUUUAAGAUGUUAUAGCUUCUUGGUAAUUAGUAAACAAAUAUAUCUACUUUAACUAUAGUACAAUUUCUAGCCUUAUAGUGGAGAAGUAAUGUAGUUUGGUUUAUGUUGUACUUCAAGACUGGCAAUUAUGGCACCUGAGUGAGGGCUUAUUUAGUAGUGGUAUGUAGAGUAGCAUGUAUGUCAUUGCCUUGGGGCAGUGUCACAGCGCGUGAGCACAUUGUCCGGCGGCCCCCGGCCCCGCGGCCCGGUGCUCCGGUUGCCAACACACGUGACAUUUGACUGCACAUGUGUGCCACUGUUUGUAGUCUAUUUAAAUCAAAUCUCUUAUACAGGCAAUAAAUCAAGUUAGAGGCCAAUUUGUGGUAAUUGUGCCUAUUUAUUUCACUUCCAAUUUAUAAUCAUAAAUAACUUUAUUAAUAGCCUUUAUUUAUGUAACCCAUUAAUGUUAUUAAGUCACCAUUAAUAAGUUUGGUAAGUGAUGUGAUCGGCGCUAGUCUCCGUUUGUAUGUGUAUAUUGAUAGAUAUACAAAGUACCAAAGGAUUAAAACAUUGUGAUAUUCAAUAACUGCUAAUAUUACAAUAUUAAUAACAUGUCAAUAAGUACCUAAUUGGUGUUGUUUUAAAUAUUGUUGGUUACCAGAGAUCAGAGUUUUAAAUAUAUUUAUUUUUUUAGGGGUUAAAUGUUUAAAUUAUGAUUAUUUAAUUUAGCCAAGCUAGAGGGAGUGCAAUGGGGAACUGUGAAGGUAUAUCAGUCUUCUGCUUUGUUUUGUAACUGUGAUAAACAUUGUAAUGUAGAUUGGCAGGUUUUAUUUUAUACAAUAAAUAUAUUUACCAAAUCCUACUAAUAUUGUAAUAAUCUCAUUGUAAUCAAAUUAUAAUGGUAAAGGAUAUUAAAUAUACUACAAAACUAUGUUUAUCAUUAUUAUUGGUAGUGUAAGAUUCAAAUAUAUUAAGAAUUAUUAUAUUUUUCUGAGAAUAAAGUUAUUUAUUGAA